CUUGGUGAAAGUUCCCGGAUGGAUGUGCGGAAGUGCAGCGCUGCAGCAGAAAGAAACUGUGAGCGGUUUAAAUGAGAGACUUUAAAGCAGAGUGCGGGAAUAAACUCACCUGCAGCGAACACACCUGUGCUCUGUGUCUGUGAAUGCGUGUAUGUGUGUUACUCAUGAAUGAGGGACGGUGGUUGAGUGACUCGGACCUUCAAAACGAUGCUGGUUCCACCAGAGUUCCAGACCGGAAUUGGAACCAGAACUCGAUCCAAAUGCUGGAGGAGGAGGAGGAGGUGCAAAGAGGACAUGCCCACCUUCAUCACAACAUCCAUCAUGACCUCACCAACAACAAUGGAACAGGAGGGGAUGAAGAGGACGAUGAAGGAGAAGAUAGAGGUUUCAAGCUGGAGGAGGAGGACAUGGAAAUGGAUAGUACCAGUUCUCCUGAAUUGAUACGUGAUUCAUCCUCACUGAGCUGCAGUCCCUCAGUAUGUGAAGGUCCUCUGAGUCCUGAGGAAGUCCCAGAUGGUCUUUUUUCUCCUCGUGAUCUUAGUCGUUGCAUCUCCGAAUCUCUGCGUGUGUUAGAGGAGAGAGGAGAUGAUGCUGCACUGCCACACCGCCUACAUCAGAUUGCUGAAUGUCUGCUGCAGGAGGAGGACUACGAGAGAGCUGUACACUUCCUCCAGCUCGAGAGACUGUACCACGAGAGAGUGCUGUUCAACAUCGCUGCUCUGCAGGAGACAUGGGAGAGCAGGUGGAGGUGUGGUAGAGGUGUAGAUAACUCCCUUCCUCACUGUAAUCUGAACUCGGAACCUAUGGACAAACUGAAACACAUCUGCAUGACACACAGACAGCCUACAUGGAGCUCUCGCACGUAUGAACUGAUACACAGGAUCAGUGUGAACAGUGCGACCUGUGGAAAGAAGAACAUCACGUCAGGAUCUCCAUGCAGUGACAAGUCGGGGAUGUUGAAGCAGGAUGAUAUCUCUCCUAGUGAAAGUGUCACUGCCUGUUUGGCCCAGCAGGGGGAGCCUACGCAUCUCUGUGACUCCACCUACAAACCUCCUACUUCUUCUUCAGAAGCUCCACCCACCAUGGAAAUGACAGAAGGCUCCCCAUUGACAACUACCAGAGAGGAAGCUGAGAAACAGAGAGAAGGAGAACAAGAGCGUGAGAAAAAAAAAGAAGAAGAGACAGAGAGAGCAUCUCAACAAGCUGGAAAAGAAGCAGAGCCUGGAGAAAGUGGAAAAGAGGCGGAACCUGGAGGAGGCAGAAUGGAUGUGGUGCCUGAAAGAGGCGGAGAGGAGGCGGGGCCUGCAGAAUCUCACCCGAAGAAAGAAGAGGUGAUGGAUGGAGGAGGAGUGGAAACAGAAUGUUACACUGAGCUGGAUAAAGGAGCAGAGAAACAGGAAGUGGAACAGGAAGAGGAAGUAGAGGAAGCUGUGGAAGCUCUGGACUUCGAAGAGGACCUUCAGAGGCCAGAGGAUGCCCUGUUGGAUGACCUCGCCAAACGCAUCCAGGUGGAGGAGAUCACUCCUGCCUCAGGUCUCGUCUCUAUCCUGAAGAGAAGAGUGUGUGAUGAAGGAGAAGACAAAACCUCCACCAACAAACCCCUCACUAAACGCAGAGUUCGCUUCCAUGUUCCUGAUGAAGGCCUUGAGAACGAUGAGGUGGGCGGAGAUUCCUGGCUCCUCCUGCUCCUUUUGUGCCUGGUUACCGUGGUGAUCAGUGUGGGCGGGACUGCCCUGUACUGCGCGUUCGGCGACGCCCAGUCCAGCGUGUGUACGGACUUUUCGCACAACAUCGAUUUCUAUUUGGGGAAGGUGCAACGCAGCGUUGACGACAUCACACACUUCUUCUCUUCUUCUAGCUCGUAGCCUACAUCCUUUUAUCUUUCUUUCUCUCUCUCCAUCUGUCUCUCUACCUCUGCCACUGUCUAUUCAUCAUUCUGGAUCAAAAGAUCAGCCAGUCAGAAGAUGAGAGACAGAAUGAGAACGCUGAUUUUUCAGGGUCUGGCUGGAUAUACAGGUGUUGAUGAUGUCACAACUCUGUAGCAUGUUGAUGUCAUGCUGCUUUACCAGAGUUGAUGAUGUCCUUCAUCAUUUCCAGGAGCAGCAUGUCACUUAAAAUGAUCUUUUUACACUUUCUUUAAUUGAGUUAAAAUUCAGAGAAAGUAAGUUGUAUUUCUGCAGUUUUUGUCUUAGCAGGAAAUGAAGGGUGGAGCACGUGACAUUAUUUAUCACGUUAAUUAUCACGUUACACAACAUCACACAGUAAUAAUCCUACAGCCGUGAGGUUUAAGGUCGCUAAAUAAAAUCAUUAGCCGGCUAACGUUAGCCCUGUGUUAGCCAUUCAUUAGCGUAAUUAUGUUUUAUAUGUCUGGUCAAAGAAGGCUACUAGUGAUGUCACAAUAUCAUGUUAUAUGAUUGGCUGAUCAAAUUAGAUUAAAGCUCUGACCACUUUUUAUCAUUUUAUAAAGACAUACUUUUAAGUCUUAACUUUGCGAGUCUUAGCAUAGCGAUUUCUGUUCUGUACCAUGUAAUAAUGACAGAGACAGUUAAAUAAUGAUGUAUAAAUUGUUUGGGUGACAGAUUUAAGUGGUUAUGAUUUAAGUGUGAUGUAACAUAAGGGACAGAAGAGCAAUAUGUAGGAAAAUGUUUUAUUGUAAGAUUUAAAAAAAAAAAAGUAGUGAGGAGCGACAGAGUCUGGUAUUUAUCCCUGUUUUUGCUAAUUGUUUUGUGUGUGUGUGUGUGUGUGUGUGUUUGAGGGAUGUUUCCUCUGUGAUUGAUAGCUAAACACUGCGCUAAUUUGUAUUUGACCCUGCAGUAAGGCUAAAUCACAGCCUCUCCCACACUUCAGCAGUGUAGCUAGCAAGAAUGCUACAAACCAUUCAUAAUAACACAUGAACUACUCCAACAUUCAUAAAUACAUGGGAUAAAACAUUAGCUUUUUGCAUCUCUGUGAAAUAAGAUUGAACUCGUAGUUUACAUCAAGGCCAGUUUAAGGAUUAUUAUAUUGACGUUAAUGCUGGUUAACGUGUUCACCCUCAUUAGCUGUAAUUACAGCGUCUGAGUUUCAAUGAUCAGAGAUCAGGAAUUUGUUCAAUCGUGUUAUUUGUGUUUGAUUCAUUAUUUUACAGGACUUAAUUUGUUAGUCAUGUCUCAACCCCUCUGACCUCACACACACACACACACACGCACAUGCACACACACGCACACAGAGUCUUAUUUUAUAAGCUUUAUUAUUAUUUUUUUAAUUCAUGUUGUGUGUGUUUGUGUGUGUGUGUGUGUGUGUGUGUGUAACUGUUUUUUUAUUUUUAUUUCUUUGAGCACAGAACACACACACACUGUAUUAAAAGCUGCUGUAUAUGUUCUUCAGUAGGCUGUCGGUGUGUGAAGAAGCUGUAAAUGUGUGUUGUUGGUGUUGUUGGUGUUACGGUUCUCGUGCACUCUGCUCCUCUGGCCGGCUCAGACGGAGACGUGCUCCAAUAUUUAUUUAAACCGAGGACAAAAGUCUGAUUUUAUUCAUCAUGAUAACAUCGUUUCUCCUGCUCUAUUCUUCUGUAAAUGUCCAUCAGUCUGACCUUUUAAAUAUAAAUGUCUAAAUAUAUAAAUAUAAUUUUUGUUCAAAAUGAUUUUGAUGUAAAUAGUGUAAAAAUCAUUACAUUAUUGUGUCUUAUUGAGAGUCACAGAGCUUCUCCUUGGAGCUCAGACACGCCCAGUGCAAAGCUCCACUCUGAUUGGCUGUUUAGUUUCCACCCAGUAACCAAUCAGAGGGCUCGUGUGAGUGGACGCUGUACUGGGCAUUACUGUAGAGCUGAUGUUAUAGCGUGUUAUAGCUUGUAUAAGACGGGUGUUUUUACUCAAAUACGGAGUGCUAAGAACCACACUGUGUUCAUUAACGUUUAUCUCCACAUUUACACCAAAUUCAUCAACUGAAAUAUUAAAGAAGAAAAUUAUUAUUUUAUUAUGAAAAAUGUUACUCCAAACUUCUGAUUUUCUUUAUUCAGUGUUUUUUUUAUGAAAUAAUAUUUAUUACUGUAAUAUUACACACAUGACCCUUUUACAGUCUGGUUCUAAGUUCCUCAAUAUGAUUUUUUUUCUUCCUUUUAUUGUACAAAAAUAUCAGAGAAAACACAAUGAGAUAAAAACACAGGUGUUAAUAAUAAAUCAGUUUCACUG